AUGUACAAAUUCGUUUUACUAUACAAUAGCACUUUCCAUGAGUGUUACGUUGGAAAUUUAGAGCAGAACUUGCUAGAAAUCAUCAGUCAUUCUUGCAAAAGGAUUGGCCAAUCUCCGUUGAAACACGAAGACUAUCCAUGCAUUCUGAAUGCAACAUACCAAAAGAUCCACGAUAAUUACAAAGCUCCUUGCGUGGUCGGCGUAUGCAGUUCGGGGAGCAUUUCUGGCAUUGGACAGAUUUCGGUCAUUACAGUUUGCUCUCUGGUGCUUCUUUUCGGGGCGCUUGCAAAUGGCGCUGUUGGCUUGUUUUUUGGUCAAAAGGGUCGCCGUACAAAAACGGACAUUUUUCUUAUAUCCCUGUCUCUUGCUGACCUGGUUGCUUGUGUUGCUGGUCCUCUAGAAAGUAUUAUCUCCUUUACAUGUCCGUAUACCAAGUGGGAGUUUGAUCAAACCAGCACCUACGUAAUUCUUCUUAUCAUUGGUGCUAUUAUGGCCAUUUCGUCGUGGACACUAGCUGCUAUAUCCGUUGAUCGAUACUGGGCAAUAGUUAGGCCAUUUGCAAGUCACAGAAUUAAAGACAAAAGAAGAAUGAUCGUAUCUUUGCUUAUAUGGCUGGUCGCUUUCCUGGCAAGCUACACGUUUCAGUUUAACGAAGACUUGGGUAUGCAUGGCUUUGUUUAUGACCUUUACUCAGGCAUUCUGGUCUGUGCAGCCUGGCUCGUUCCUUUGGUGGUAGUAGGUGUCAUGUAUGGCAUAUGCAUUAACCGACUGCGGAGGAGCAAUCUGAAGCACUCUCAGAAUGAAACAAUGAAGAGACGAAACGCAGAAAACAAACGGAUCAUCAGAAUGUUUAUCGUAAUCACGAUACUGUUUUUUGCAACUACAUUACCAGCAAUAGUCGUCGGAUUGGUGUACCCGGUAAGCGAUCAGUCAGGGAAGACCAACUUGGCCCGCAUGCUAUCCAACUUGAUUCUGUUCCUGGGCAGCGCCAUUAACCCGUUAGUCUACGCCAAAAUGCACCGUGAGUUGCGCGGCUUUUUCGUGAAAAUCAAGGCGAGUAUCGUGCCUCACACAUCACGCAAGCAGCAGUAUUCCUUUAGGACUGCACAGUCGGCUUUGUCAGGGAUAUAUCAAACAGCAAAGGUAUCUAACAAACAAUAUCCGUGAGAAAAUAGAAGUAGUUACUGACCACAGGACUUGAUCCAAGAGCCUCUGUUUCAGUAUUACCACACUUUACAGAGAAGGCUACAACAGAUUUGACGUCUUUCAAGACAAAUCAAUAGCAAAAUUGCAACUCGUGGAGUAUGUCCAAACGCCCACUACAAAUACAGAAAGAAAUCUACAAAAAAAUCAUCGAUAAUAAGCUUCAAUCAUUCAUAAUAAACUGUUGAUAAAUCGUAAAAACCAAAAAAAUCGUUUACUUCAACUUUCUGCUCAUCCCAAGCAUCUUUACAUGAAGCAUUUAUGUGCUUAACAAAGCGUACAGUCUCUUUAUCACGGUAAACCAAAGUGAGGCAGUUGGAAGUUGGGCAAAUAGUGAGCAGCUGCAAAAAAAACAAUGGAAAACCCAUGAUAAUGAUGACCACGAAAAGCCACGAAGAACAUAAAAAUGAAACUUGAGUCUACAUCGAUCAUAGGCAGACCUAGUGAAGCUUUCAUGGCAGGAUGACGUUCGAUGGAGAUUUAUAUUGCGUGACUAUAAAAAGAAAGUGGAUUGGAAGUUGAAUAAAUAGAUCAGAUAGUACGAGAGCAUAACCCAUGUUACAGAUAUUUCAGUCUUUAAUUUGCUAUAACUCUCUUUUUGCGACAAGUUGAAAUAUGUUAUUAUGAGAUAGGCUUAUGAAUAUACAUUCUACUGUAAGACUCGGCUGUCGCCAUGUUUGCAACAUUGAAUGAAAAUAAGAUAACAGUCUGCGAGAUUUCUCGGCCUACUUGGACCCUCUUAUUAAGACUGAGCCUAAUUCUAUAAGUUGCCAUUCAGAUAAGCAUAAAAUAUGAUAAAACAUUUAGGUCGAUAUGGUCGAUAUGUCCUUCGCAAUAUCAAAGUGUUAAUGACCGCAACAUUUCUGUUCAGUAUAUCAGAGAAACUGGAUUCUAUAGGUCUUUGAAAAUUUAUUUCUGCAUGUCUUCUUUCGUUAAUCGUGAAACACGUGAGUGAGUUAGCGGCUGCAAGUCAAAAUGAUGCAAGUUAAAUGAUGCAAUCGGCUGGGUGAGUUUGUUAAUCAGAUAUGAAUGUUGAAAUUAAUGACAGCAUGCAUAAUAAUAUAAAUUAUAUCUAAGCACAGAAAUCAAAUUAACCAAUUACCUCCUCAUCCUCGCUAUCAGCAAUGUAUGAAGUGAAGCCACCAAAGGAGGGAUCCCAGUCUAGAAAAUAUAUAUGAAUAUAAUAAUGGAAAUUUCCAACAUAAUGAAAAUUACUGUUUAACCGGACUGUCGAAUAGUGCAUUGAGCCGUAUAGACAGAGUUGUACACUCUUUUGUGUAUACAACAUGACAAUUUAAAGUUGCAGCGAAUUUCGACACAAAUUUCUAAAAUAUUUUACUAUUAAAUUUCCUAAAUGGAAAUUAUAAUGUAAAGAAGUGUAUAAUUAAUUCAACGGUAAUAAUAUAGUAUAAUUAAUAAAGUUCACCUUCAAAAACUUACAAGUGCGCGUUAUUAUGUAAAUUUAUUAUGUUAUUAUGUACUAAAAAAUGUGUCGACGGCCAAUGAAGUUUAAAGAAUACAUGAAAACACAUCACUGUAAACUUUGCUUAGCACUCACUAUCGCAUCUAAAAAACAACAUGGCGUCCAAAGCGAAUUCCUUAAGCGCAGGAUCUGAAUCGUGCAUCAAAGUGUAUGAGCCACGUGCCCAACGACGCACUUCACUGCAACACGAGGGAGCGGAGGCUUUUUCCUGGUCAGCUUUGGAUGACG